UGCAGCCAGCGACGAGAAACAUCCGGGUCUCUCAGGAAGAUUCUGCGGCGACCCGUCGCCGUUCGUGGGAGCGCAUUUAACUGUAUUUUUUUUGGGGAACAAAUUAUUCAUUGAUACAGUGACAUUGUUAGAGCAUUUGUACAUCGGCUCGGCUAACUGUUGGUCUGAUCGAGUGGCGCUUCAUUUUGGGGGUCUUGGCCCCGUGUGGCUAGUUUUCGUCCUCUCUCCUCAAAGCCUUCCUAACUUGAGACGCCGAAAUCGUGUCUCUUGUUUUUUUUCCCCUCUGGAUUAUUUUGUUGUGAAGAUGUCGCCGUGAUGGGUUGUCCGCGUUUGAGCGAUAUGAAUCAGGGCCUUCGCCGCCUGACCCGCACUCAUUGCAGCCCACUUUAUCCCUUUGUUUUUUUGUUUGAUGCUCGAGACCUCCGCGGCUCUUGGCUCGAAGCUCGGCCUCGUUCACUGCGCGGAGACAAACAUGGAGAAGAACCCGAACAGCAGCAGCAAUACCAAGGCUCCACCUCGUUCCAACUCCUCUGGGUCAACCCCAGGGGAAUCUAAACCCAAAGCAGAAGGUAAGAAUAAUGGUGGCGGUAAGCGCUAUAGCCGCAAGCGGGAGCCCUCCUUUCCCAAAGCAGAAAACCUUUCUGGCCCGCGUCGCACCAAUCCACAGAAAAACAAGAAUUUUGACAAGAGACCCCCCCAGAGAGGUGGAGGACGGCAAUAUGGGGUUGCAGGUGGAGGACGACGCGAGGACGUAGCAGAGACGCGCCGGGCAGAGUUUAGCCCGGCUCAGUUUGCUGGACCGAAAAAAAUAAGCCUGAACCACCUGUUGAACUUCACCUUUGAACCUCGUGGAGGUAAUGGUGCUGUCGGAGAUGGAAGCUACUCAUGUUGGGGACGCCGAAAUAAAUGGGGUCAUAAGCACAAGCCCUUUAACAAGGAGCUUUUCCUGCAGGCCAAUUGCCAGUUUGUGGUGACUGAUGACCAGGACUACGAGGCUCACUUCACUGAUCCAGAUACUCUGGUCAACUGGGACUGUGUGCAGCAAGUGCGAAUCUACAGUCAUGAGGUGCCGUCUUGCCCCAUCUGCCUCUACCCACCUGUGGCAGCUCGCAUUACGCGCUGUGGACACAUCUUCUGCUGGCCUUGCAUACUGCACUACCUGUCUUUAAGUGACAAGACUUGGUCGAAGUGCCCCAUAUGCUAUGAGGCUGUUCACACAGUGGACUUGAAGAGUGUGGUUGCUAUGGAGACCAGGCAGUAUGUGGUUGGUGACGUAAUAACCAUGCGCCUCAUGCGGAGGGAAAAGGGGGCUGUGGUGGCCAUGCCCAGCUCUCAGUGGGUGAAAGUGGAGGAGCCCGUACGAUUUGGAGAUGCUUCGCUGAGCCCGUAUUCCAAGCUGCUGCUAACCUCCUCCACCCAAGUCCUCAGCCUGGUGGCAGAGGAGAAGGCAGUCCUGCAGGCUCAGCUAUGCCAGCAAGAGGAUGCUCAAGGCUGCUUCAUUCAGAGUGCACUUUGCCAUUUGCAGGAGCGAGAGGAAAUUUUGAUGAAGCAGCAGCAUCCCAAUGCAGACAACAGCUUUGAGUUGUCUUCUCUCGCUCUUGAGGAACCUGCUUCUCCUGUAGAUGGAGUGGUGGCAAUUAACAGCUUUUCCAAGCCUGUGCUGCAGUACGCUUCUGCUUUUGAUGAUGAGGUGGCAGAAGUCCUACCAGCUGAAGAGUUCCCGGAGUGUCCUGAAGAUACUUUGGAAAGUGUGCUUGAAGAGCCUCCUGAUGCUGUGUUAGAUUCAGCCCCACACCACUUUUCUGAUGAAGAAAACUCUACCAAAGAGGCAGAACCAAGUCACACUCAAACCAGCCAGGUGCACGGACCCUUCUAUUAUUUCUACCAAGCUGAGGACUGCCAGCAGAUGUUCUUGCAUCCUGUGAAUGUACGUUGUCUGUUGAGGGAAUAUGGCAGCUUGGAGGCCAGCCCAGACUCCAUCACUGCCACAGUGGUGGAGAUUGAGGGACACACGGUCACUGAGGAGAUCCGGCGUCGCCAUCGUUACCUGUCUCAUCUGCCACUCACAUGUGAGUUCAGCAUCUGUGAGUUAUCCUUGCAGCAACCAAUCCUGUCCAAGGAAACCAUGGACGCAUUUGAGGAUGAAUUGGAGAAAAGAAACCGCCUGAGACAGAAGAAAGCAAGAGACGAGAAGCGCAGAGAGAAGCGAAUUGAAAUUGAAGAGAACAAGAAGCAGGGUAAAUAUCCUGAGGUGCAUAUUGGACUAGAGAACCUUCAACAUUUCCCGGCUUUCGGGUCGCCGCCUCUCAACAGCAGUCCCCUGGUCCAUCCUGAUUUUACUUUAGUUCCUCUGUCUCCCCUUAGCAGCAGUCCUUCCUCUGUUGGAAUGACGUUCCCAAGUCUGAAUGGACAAAGCUCUCCUAGUGUGGAGGAUGACUCUCACUGCAUGUCUUUUGCACAGAUGCUGAGAGAUGGGAAAGCCAGAGCGGACGGACCCAGAAUCACCACACAGAAAGGUACGCUGUUAGCGCUGCCAGCAGCAGACAGUGAUGGAGAGAGUGACGGGUCAGACCGUGCUCCAGUGCCCAACUUUCAGAACUCUUUCAGCCAAGCAUUUGAGAAGGCACUUCUGCAGCUAGACAGUCCGGAAUGUUCUCCACAACCCGUGGUUGUCUCAGAUGAGAAGGGAGGAAAGAAGAAAAAGAAAAAACAGAAACUUCUCUUCAGCACAUCCAUGGUUCACACAAAGUAGACAACACUGAAAUAAAUAUAAUGAUUUGGUUUCUUGGAUAACUGCUUUACUUUUGCAAUCCUCUCUGGGAGUUCUUAAUUUUGAAAAUGAUUUAAAAUUGUACCCAAAUGUUAGACCGUGUUGGUCAUUGUAUUCACCAAGGCUGUGUUUUUCCAGUUCACUCUUACAUUUUAAUUUUGUGCGCAUUCUAUUGGGUGCUGCUUGGAAAUUAAGAUGUGUUACUAACAUUGGAUGAGAUGAAUUUGGGGUGCUUUAUGAUAUGAAUAGCAGUCAGCCAGCUGCAGGUACAUUGCACCUUUGAAAUCUUUCCAGGAUUCUCAGUGCUCAGAUGUACCAGAUCUUGUACUCUCAUCAAACAAAUUAAGAUUUUCCCUUGAAGUACAUUUGGGUUUAGACUAUUGGUCGAGUAUUUUGUGACCAUUUGAAAACGCAACCAUUGUGUGGAGUGACAACAGUUUUGCAGUAACGAGAUUAGAUCUUAGAGUGCAGCAAAGCUCCAACAUAUUCUCUGGGUAAACCAAAUUUAAUGCACAUAACUCUAUUUCCUUCUUAUUGACUUUUGGUCACGAUAUUAAUUUAGUUUCAGUGUUGCAAUUUUGUGAAGCUGGAGAAUUUGUGCUAUUUUGAAGAGUGUUUGUGACUCUUUAAUAAGUGGAUGGAGAUUUUGUUUCAAGGUUCUUUAAAUUCACCUUUAUUUUGAACAAAUGCAUAGGCAGGUAUAAAAUGAAUAAACAAUUAUGCACAAUC